GCAAUCAGCGGUUCUUUCGCCGGGAAAGCUUCUCACGGUGACGUCACGUCCAGAGGUUCCCUAAGCCAACCAAUCAGCGCGCAGCACAGCUGGAUAUAAAAAGCCAGGACAUGUCGCCUGUGAACACAGAGUAGUGUCGGACACGUGUGAACAGUCCGCAAACAUGGUGACCUGUAGCCCCAGACACAUAGAGGAGGAGCAGCGGCUGAUGGCUGAGGAGGAGUCCGGGUGUCCCAUUAAGAGGAAGCGGGGAGAAGUCACCCCGCAAGACCGAGGAGAUGACGCCUUAUGCGGCAGCGCCGGAUCCCACAGGGACGUCAAGAAAGCCAAGUACCUGCGACAUAGGAAGCAAUCCCUGGAGGUGAAGAGCUGCGACUCCGGGGUGUGUGACCUCUAUGAGACUCCCAGCCCCAGCCCUGGAAACCGCAGACCUGCGCCAGCUGCGUGUGAACUGUGCCCUAAGAUCUCAGACCGCUUGGGCCUGCAGAACUUCAGAGACUAUGGGGAGGAAUGCUACAGGUUCAAGAAGGAGCUGGAGAAGAAGUACCUGACUGCUCACUGCAUGGACAACCAGCCCCAGCUGAGGCCUGAGUCCCGGUGUAAGCUGAUCAGCUGGUUGAUCCCUGUGCACAGACACUUCAACCUGGGCUUCGAGUCCCUGUGUCUUACUGUCAGUAUCCUCGACAGAUUCCUUUCUCGCACCCCUGUGGCAAUCGACUGCUUUCAGCUCGUGGGUGUCACGUCUCUACUCAUCGCAUGUAAACAGGUUGAGACGCGACCUCCCAGAGUAAAGCAGCUGCUCGCCUUGUGUUGUAAUAACUUUUCUCGUGAACAGCUCUGUAAUCUGGAGUGCAUCAUCCUGCUCAAGCUUCGAUUCCAGCUGGGAGCACCCACCAUCAACUUCUUCCUGCAGCAUUUCUGUUUCCUCCAGCUGACGAUCGGAGAACCUUCAGAGCUGGACCUCUGUCAGGCCUCCAAGUCUAUUGCACUGGCGAAAGGCAUAGCAGAACUGAGCCUGGCUGACUACGCCUUCAAUUCUCAUCCGCCAUCCCUGAUGGCCUUCUGUUGCUUAGUGCUUGCAAAGCGCAUUUUAUGCCAGGACACAGAUAUGCAGGACAGUGGAUAUUCUGACAGCGAAUUGCAAGAAUGCAUGACCAAGAUUGAGCUGCUUAUAUCCUUGAAUAAGGAUUCCUUGCAGCAGCUCCUGCCCACUGACAUGCCUGAGAUGGCUAUGGAGGUGGAGAAUUAACUCUUUGCUUUCUUUGUUUAAUUCUUACGUUUACAUUAAACUAGUACUGCGGUGGAAAACUUUUAUUUAUUCAUUUUUUUUUUUUAAAUCAACUGGUGCCAGAAUUAGAGAUGAGCGAACUUACAGUAA